UCUUUUAUAUUCAUGCAUUUGCCUUCACUUUCUCAUCUCGUACCCACGAUCUAAUCUUCCACUCAUUGCAUGUCCUUCUCUUGUUGACUUUCUGCUACUUCCACAAUGACUCUUACCUUGACUUGCUGCUCUCUCCAUCCCGCAAUGCCAGUUUUCUCAAGAACUCUUUUCUCAAUUCCUAUGUGUCAAGAGCUUUCAUUACCUUGUGACAGUUAUGGAAGCAGAACAGCAAAACAAUGGAAGAAGCUGAUGCGGAUCAAAGCAACAGUGGCGGAGGCACCCCCUGAUGUUUGGAGAAGUGUGGCUGGAAAUGGAGAGGAUGGUGUCCCUGAGAAGAAGAAGCUUAGGGUGCUUGUGGCUGGUGGAGGGAUUGGGGGGUUGGUAUUUUCUUUGGCUGCCAAGAGAAAAGGGUUCGACGUGGUGGUGUUUGAGAAGGAUAUGAGUGCUAUAAGAGGGGAGGGGCAGUAUAGGGGUCCAAUUCAGAUACAAAGCAAUGCUUUGGCUGCUUUGGAAGCUAUAGACUUUGAGGCUGCGGAAGAAGUUUUGAGAGUUGGUUGCAUCACAGGUGAUAGGAUCAAUGGGCUAGUGGAUGGGGUUUCUGGCUCUUGGUACAUCAAGUUUGAUACAUUCACUCCUGCAGCAGAGCGUGGGCUUCCAGUCACUAGAGUUAUUAGUCGAAUGGCUUUACAAGAAAUCCUUGCUCGUGCAGUUGGGGAAGAUUCCAUUAUGAAUGAAAGUAAUGUUGUUGAUUUUGUUGAUCAUGGAGACAAGGUAACUGUGGAGCUGGAGAAUGGUCAGAAAUAUGAUGGAGAUCUCUUGGUUGGAGCAGAUGGGAUAUGGUCCAAGGUAAGGAAUAAGUUAUUUGGUGAAAGAGAAGCUACUUACUCUGGCUAUACUUGUUACACUGGUGUUGCAGAUUUUGUGCCUGCUGACAUUGAAUCUGUUGGGUAUCGAGUAUUCCUAGGACAUAAGCAAUACUUUGUAUCUUCGGAUGUUGGUGCUGGAAAGACGCAAUGGUAUGCAUUUCAUCAAGAAUCCGCUGGUGGUUCUGAUAUCCCCAAUGGAAAAAAGAAAAGGUUGCUUAAGAUGUUUGAGGGUUGGUGUGAUAACGUAAUUGAUGUACUAGUUGCCACAGAAGAAGAGGCGAUUCUUAGAAGAGACAUAUAUGACAGGACCCCAACAUUUACAUGGGGAAAGGGCCGUGUCACCUUGCUUGGUGAUUCUAUCCAUGCCAUGCAGCCAAAUAUGGGCCAAGGAGGAUGCAUGGCUAUUGAGGACAGUUAUCAACUUGCAUUGGAAUUAGGCAAUGCAUGGGAACAAAGUAUCAAAUCAGGCUCUCCUAUUGAUAUUGAUUCUUCCUUAAAAAGCUAUGAAAGAGAAAGAAGAUUAAGAGUUGCCAUUGUUCAUGGAAUGGCUAGAAUGGCAGCUUUGAUGGCUUCCACUUACAGGGCAUAUCUUGGUGUUGGUCUUGGACCAUUUGAGUUUUUGACCAAGUUUCGGAUACCGCAUCCUGGAAGAGUUGGAGGAAGGUUUUUGAUUGACAAGAUGAUGCCUUUGAUGUUGAACUGGGUCUUAGGUGGCAAUAGCCAAAGGCAGAAAUCAAAUGCAAAGUCAUGCUUAUUUUCUGCUGCAUCCCCGGCAAUCUUUGCAUGGAUCAUGAGAUUAAAGUCCGCAAAGGCCAUCUGGAAUGCUCUUAAGGAUUAUGAAGGCAAUGACAAGUUCAGAGCGAUGCAAUUGCUGAAUCUGAUCAAGGACUUUGAAAUGCAACGAGCAAAGGAGUUAGGAACAAUUAGGAGUACUCUAAGAGACUUCAAAGCAUCCUUAACAAGCUCCAAGCUUGAAGGUAGACCUAUAUGUUGCAGGCUCUCAGACAAAGCAAACGACCAGUUACAGACAUGGUUUGAAGACAACGAUGCACUCGAGCGUGCCAUUAACGGAGAGUGGAUUUUAUUACCAUGUGAUGAAGCAGGCUCUAUAAAACCUAUAUCUCUAAGUCAAGAUGAGAUGAAACCCUGCAUAAUUGGGAGUUCACAGCAUGAAGAUCAUCCGGGCAGUUCAAUCAUAAUACCUUUACCCAAGGUUUCUCCAUUGCAUGCAAGAAUUAACUAUAAGGAUGGUGCCUUCUUCUUGACUGAUUUGAGGAGUUUACAUGGCACCUGGAUUACUGACAAUGAAGGAAGACGAUACAGGAUACAUUCAAAUUAUCCUUCUCGUGUUCGUCCAUCCGAUGUGAUUGAGUUUGGUUCUGAUAAGGCUUCAUUUCGUGUUAAGGUGACAAGAUCUGCUCCAAGAGAGUCAGAAAAGAAAGGAACAAAACUUUAUCAGAAAGAAUGAUCAUGAAUAUGUUGAGUCACCAUUUGUCUUUGAGAGUUACAGAAAAGUUGUACAGCACAAAAAUCGCAGUCGUAGGGCCAACAACUGCAUUCUUAUAGUGCAGGGUAUAAUACAACAAUGUCAAUCAUUAAUGAUUUGAACAUUUUAUACGACUUUUGAUUGUGCUUAAUAAGAGAAUGAAUGGAAAUUGAUUUCAUGUCAACAAAAUGUUGCCAACUUGAUUUGGAUCCGACACUUUUUACUUGAACACAUUAGCUAAAUUCAUGACAGAUGAUUACAUGGUUAGUUCAUUGUAGCAUGAAUUCUGGUCGUAUGUUGCAAUGUAAUUUUGUUGGCAAUGUUCUUUCA